UUUCUCGGUCUACUCAUACCAAAUCAUGUUGGUACCACGGUCAUUUUCUGGCAUCGCACAGGGCGCGUUGAAAAACUCGCAGGCUGUCAGACGCUAUGCUUCUGCCUCCCCGACCGCUGCGUUCGCCGGGCAAAAGGGAAGCAACGGAAAAUAUACUGUCACCCUUAUUCCAGGAGAUGGCAUUGGCCCCGAAAUUAGCGAGUCGAUCAAAAGCAUCUACACCGCAGCUCAAGUACCCAUUCAAUGGGAGGAAGUUAGUGUUACGCCCGUGUUGAAGGGAGGAAAGACAGUUAUUCCCGAUGCGGCUAUUCAGUCCGUCAAGCGGAACACUGUUGCAUUGAAAGGUCCUUUGGCAACUCCCAUCGGGAAGGGGCACGUCUCGUUGAACUUAACUCUCCGUAGAACUUUCAACCUGUUCGCCAAUGUUCGACCUUGCAUUUCUAUCAAAGGAUUUAAGACUCCCUAUGAGGACGUGAACACGGUACUCAUUCGCGAGAACACGGAAGGAGAAUACUCCGGGAUCGAGCACGAAGUCGUCGACGGUGUUGUACAGUCGAUAAAAUUGAUUACAUGGGAAGCAUCGGAACGCGUCGCGCGUUAUGCUUUCCACUACGCUCAAUCCCAAGGAAGAAAGCGUGUCACAGCUGUACACAAAGCAAACAUCAUGAAAAUGUCCGAUGGUAUGUUUUUGUCGGCGUGCCGGGAGAUAUCUAAGGAUUUCCCCGAUGUCACAUACGAUGAGGAUCUUUUGGAUCGCGUCUGUCUACAGGUUGUGCAAAACCCAAAACCUUACUCUGAUCGUGUCAUGGUGAUGCCCAACUUGUACGGUGACAUUCUUUCUGACAUGUGUGCUGGCCUUAUCGGUGGCCUUGGUCUCACUCCCUCUGGAAACAUCGGUCGGGAUGCUUCCAUUUUCGAGGCCGUACACGGCUCUGCUCCAGAUAUCGCAGGCAAAGGGCUAGCUAACCCUACCGCUCUUCUCCUGUCAUCAAUGAUGAUGUUGAGACACAUGAACCUCAACCAAUAUGCCGAGAAGAUUGAAAAGGCGGCCUUGACGACGAUUGCUGAGGGCAAGACAAUUACUGGAGAUCUGGGAGGCAAGGCCACAACCCAGCAAUAUACCAACGCUAUCAUUCAGAAGCUUGCAUAGGUAUAAUUUAUCAGUACUCAUAGACACCUAGAUUUAUGUACCGCACAGUUCCUCAAACAAGUACGUACUAUUGAUAGAUUGAAGUCACGC